AUGCUCUUAUUAAAGGACAGCCUCAGAGAAAGAACUGAGACCGUUAUUAAAGGUAUACAACUCGUUCCACAAAACUACAAGUGGAUGAUCGAGGAGCUUAAGAAAAAAUUUGACAGUAAGUUAACAAAUCGAGCAAAAAUUGUUCAAAAACUAGUCGAUACGCACCCAGCAAACGGUACUGCAGAAAGCUGUGUCGCAACGUACGACAAAAUUCGAAUGCUUAUUAAUCAAAUGGUAUCAGCAGGUCAAGACAAACGCUACAUGCAAGACGCUAUGUGGACCGAAAAAAUUCUAGAGAAGCAGCUGAACAUUGUCAAAAACGUGUUGACAACUAUACAAAACCAGGAAGAGGUGAAAAUAAAUGAUGUCAUGAAGGAAAUCGAGAAUGAGAUUACUGCGAAAAAAAUUCGUAGAAUCGCAAUUGAAAAGUAG